CGACACUGUUCUUAUUUGUUCUAUCUUCGUUACAAUCCCUGAAGUUUAUCUUGGCGAAACCUGUACGUAGUCUCGAGUUGUCCGUACUUUGGCGAGAUGCCCCGCUUCUUCUGUGGGUUUCCUACAGGUUCUGUAGCUUUCCUUGGCGCCAUGCCGCUUGAAACACCAUGCAGAACCCGUUUGUAAAACUACCUACUCUUCAGGUUCGCUUCAUCCCUUUUGAAACAGGGCAGGCAUCCUCACUGGGUAUCCUAAGUUUUGGACACCACAAGCGAGAAACUAGACAAACAGUCUAGAAAGCGGGUUGAACGCCAGAGUCGUUCGGGAGGUGUCGCUGGUUCUCGGAUUCCCUGGACUUUUGUUGAUUCGGAUACGCUUAACUUGGCUACCGGCUUAGCCACGCUUACUUUGGUCACUUUAGGUUUCGGAAUCCGUGGCCGCUUGGGCCUGAAAUGGCGCUGUGCAAACUUCGCUGCAACCACCCUGAUAGUUUCACGAACAACAAUCCAAUCCAAGUUUCCCCACACAGCAAUAGUGAUUUUGACGUGGAUGUGUGUUGCUCUAGCGCGGUGAUUCUUUUACUGUAGUGCUUAGACGCGAUUAUGAUGGGUGACCGCGCAAUUAUUGUGAAGUAUGUUCACAUUGCUAGUGUUGUGUCAGCUUACUGGGCGAUAUCCAUCUCCCUUGUAUUCAUCAAUGACCGCCUGCUCUCGGACAAGGAUCGCAAACUGAACGCCCCUCUGUUCAUCACGUUUUUCCAGUGUGUGGUGUCUACACUGCUGUGCCUCGUUCUCAGCUUUUUCAGUGAAAAAUUUCCCAGUAUAUUAUGGUUUCCUAAAGUUGGCUUAGAUUUUAAUAUCCUACGAGCACUAAUACCACUGUCGGGGUUUUUCGUGGCUACGAUAACAUUUAAUAAUCUUUGUUUGAAAUACGUUGGAGUUGCCUUUUACACUGUAAGUCGAUCCCUGACAACCGUGUUUAAUGUCAUCUUCACUUUCUUGGUGUUACGUCAGACUACAUCGACACGUGCCGUUUUAUGUUGUGCAGUUAUAGUUGCGGGAUUCGUACUUGGCGUCAACCAAGAAGGACGCAUGGGUUCACUCUCUGUAUUUGGAGUUCUCUGCGGGCUUCUGGCAAGUGCAACGUUAUCACUGUAUAGCAUAUGCACAAAGAAAAUGCUUCCCGUUGUGGGAGACAGCGUCUCACUUCUCACGUACUACAACAACGUCAAUGCGUUGCUGAUGUUCAUGCCCAUGGUGGUACUCUUUGGAGAAGUGCAGACUGUGUGGAACUUCAAGUAUUUGAACGAUCCUCUCUUCUGGAGCUUCAUGGUUGUCAGCGGUGUCUUCGGGUUCUUAAUUAGCUACGUGACAAUGCUGCAAAUUCAAGUGACAUCGCCUCUUACACACAAUGUUAGUGGCACAGCAAAAGCGUGUGCACAAACUGUGCUUGCAGUAAUUUGUUUUGGCCAAGUGAAAUCUGUGUUAUGGUGGGUCAGCAAUGUGCUUGUGUUGCUUGGUUCAGCUAGUUACACGCGUGUGCGACAGCUUGAGAUGCUGAAGCAACACCAAGAAGUUUGCAAGGAAGAAAAUAGGGAUGGAAAAUUGACAGUAGUAUAACCGCUAGUCCUGUCUUGGUCGAUGUACUUUGUGGACCAUGCAACACCAUGUAAUGUUUUUCUGUGUAUUCAUAAGCGGACACAUACAACAUUAUGUUGUGUAAAAUUAUGUAAAGACAGGAUGCUCCAGAAGGUUGUAACGUCUUCCCAGUGAAAAUUACACGCUAUAACUGGUGCAGGAAUUUGUAUGAGUCUGUCAGCUGAGGCGGGGCAUUGAGUGGGCUUCGUAAGUGGGAAAAUGUGGGAUAAUGAAACAUGGUAUGUUUCCACUUUUUUUUUUUUUUUUUUUCAUUUUGGUUAUGGUUUGAGACACAGAUAUGUUACACUACACAUUAGCACAAAUGCACAUGGUGUUGAUUGUUGGCCUUGUCCACUUCAGUUUUUUGCUCCACUGUCCUCCAUAUUCAACACCACACUUCAGAGAUGGGCAUUAUGGGCAGAAAAUCACAGAGACCGUGUAGAAGCUUUGUCAACAUAGCAGCAGGCUCUGCUGUGUCCUGUCAAAGGUAAUUUUGCUUCAAAACUAUACAAAACAUAAACCCCUUAAUUUAAAGAUCCUUUAUCUUGAGGUCGUCGUAGGUAUGCAUACGCAAAUUUCACUGGCUGCAUACGUCAUCAGCUACUGUUAACAAGCCUGAACUCAACACGAAAUUAUUAAUGUAAGCUGAAUUGAAAGUAGGAUGCAAUGUCCAGAACAGAGAGAGUUUAAUUACACUCACCUGGAGAGAAGUAAACAUGUUGUUAAACUUGUGAACAUCAUACGAGACAUGCAUCUUUCGGAUGAGCACCCUGGAUUAUGCAUUCCCUAAGUGGGGAAUAUGUCCAUAAGCAUUUGCUAAAGCACUGGUCUACUACAUAAUUCAGUGUUGGGAAACAGGUUCAUUGGAUUUUACAAGCGUAAGAAUAAAUGGAAAUCUAGGCACAACAGGCUGAGGCAUGACAAUGUACAUGUUUACAGUACAAAUCAAGAAGCAUGUUGCUGUGAAUUUUUGCUUUUUAAUCAUUGCAUAGAAUUUUAGAGGCAAGACAAUCAAAACCUCAGCGAGCUCCAGGACAACCUGUAGAAAUGUGAUGUCAUAUAGACACACAUUUGCACGUAGGAAUAAGGAGUGAAAUUUAGUUGCUAUGCAAAGGACCCAAGUAAGAAGUAGGACCUGCUUUGUUCUAGUGUUUUCUAUGGCUGUGGAACACUCGAUGGUCGUAAACUGUUGUUCCUCAUUUCAAACAUUUGAACAGGGAAAUGCUUGUGGGAAAAUGUAACUCGCUAUUAAGUUGCUUCAAAGUGGGCAAAGGCAGUACGUGUAUGGUCUGUGUAUGAAGUGAAAUACAUACAUACAUACAUACA